CUUUAUUUAUUAUUCCAAACACAGUACAAGUUGUUUGAGUUUGGAAUUGCUUUAAUAUAAAUUUUGUAAAAUAAACAAAUAAAGUAUUAUAAUUCUUACAAAGUUUAUAAAAAUGACAAAUAUGAUGGAUCAAUUGAAUUCAGCUUUAUUAGCAAUUAAACAACUCCGAUCUAAUGUUGGUAUUGUUUUUGAAACCCUGUCCAAUGGUGCCAAAGGAGAAAAGCCGGAGGAUAAUAAAGAGUUUUUAAUAGAAUUUCAAGAAUUAUUUAAUACUGUAAAUUUAAAUUUAAGAGAAGUUGAAUCAACAAUAAAUGGAUUAACUAUACCACAAGGACCAUUUAAUUUAGGAAAUUCUCAAUAUUUAGCUCAAGAAACAACGCUAGAGCGGCAGGCGCUCUAUCCGCAAUUAAUAAAUAGCUAUAAAUGGAUUGAUAAAAUACAUGACUAUAGUUUGUCCGCUAACAUAAUUUUAAAUUCGAAUUCAUUAAGGCGUUCAUAUACCUCAUCAUCAAAAACUCGUGGUGGUAGGAUACAAAUUUCGUCAUGUAACAAUGCGUCACCCUCUCAUUUAGACAAAAUUAUUAAUGAAAAUAUGAAUUUGAUUCACACAAACUAUAGGAUAUUUCGGCCUUUUGGCUCAAAUGCUAUUGUAAUGCUCCAUAUAGGUAGAGUAUUAAAAGCCGCUAUAGUUUUUAAAGGAGUUUUAAUUGAAUGGGUCACAGUGAAAGGUUACGAUGAAAACUUAGAAGUUGAGGAUCUAUGGACUGAAUCUAGAUAUGAAGUUUUUCGUAAAGUGCAGGAUCAAACACAUUCUGCCAUGCUUCAUUUUUUUUCACCAACUUUACCGGAAUUAGCAGUAAAAAGUUUCAUAACAUGGAUUCACAGUUAUAAUAAACUGUUUGCCGAGCCAUGUCGAAAAUGCGGAAAGCAUUUAAAUAAUGCCUUACCCCCUACAUGGCGUGACAUAAGAACUUUGGAACCAUUUCAUGAGGAAUGUAGAAAUUGUUAAACUAUGCUAUGUUAUAUGUAUACAUACAUACUAAAAUCUAUAUACAUACGUAACAAAUUGAAAUCAAAAAUUUGAUAUGCAUAUGUACAUGAAUAUUUUAAUACUUGAUAUUGCAACCAAAUCAAUUUUGUUUAAGUUAUUGACUUUUGAGAAAAGCCAAUAUAUGUAUGUCGAAGGCUCUCCAUGAUUUAUAAUAAACGAUAUUUA